AUGCCGUCGAUGUCGCAGCCGAGGUAUCAAAUGCGUGUAUCCCGAGAGGUCCCUCCACCACUACCUCCCAUUUUCAACGAGGUGGAGUUUGGGGACGCGCCUGCCGUCUCACGGCCCACAGUACAUCCCCAAAUUCGUCGCCCUUCUUCUGCGGACAAGGAGAUCCCACAGAACCUGCGAGUACCGUCCAAUGAGUCCGCGAAAAAUCAGAAUAAAGCUCCUACGGUCAAUCAGAACUCAGAUAAGAAUCUGUCGACGCUUGAUAAACCAGACGCGACGGACGUGCCGUCCGACGAAUACCCCUCGACGAUCAGCGAUGAUUAUUUCUCGCAACUGCUGGAACCGUUCGGCUCUGCUCAUGAAAUCACAGAUCAGGAUCAUCACCCGGGAAAUUCUUCACUAAACUUCGAUGAGCUGGAACGUGAAUCCCCCUUCUUGACAUCGUCGAUAGACCUACAGCCCUUGAUUGCCCACCCAUCUCCGCAGGAUCUAUUUGCGACAUCGGCCUCUCUAUCCGGCUCCAGCUCAUCAGCCUCUCAACACAUGGAACUUGCCAGUGAGGACGACUGCGAGUGCACAUCCUCAGCGCUGAAGAUCCUCGAGACGGUCGCCGCACCAUUAAAAGACACAGACUGGAGCACAGUAGAGCGAAAGCUCUGUUUUCUGAAACAAAUCCUAAUUCGGUGCAUCGCCCUUUCGCGAUGCAGUAGCUGCGCCCAAGACUCGGGUUUCACAAUGCUGGUCCUGGUCCUGUACGACAAAAUCACCACCACCUUUGAAGAAGCAGCGCAGUGGUGGAAGCGACACCUCGACACACCGACGCGGCUGGCGAGACAGGAGGCCGAGCGAGCGAUGCACCAUGACUCGAGAGAGGCUGUUCCGUGGGGGAGAGGAUUGGCGCAGCAGCCCCCCAUGGCUCUCGGGCGGUAUCCGAUUGACACGAUGGAAGAGCACUGCAAGGUUCUGGCAACUUUGAUCCUGCUGCAGCUCCAUCGGCUGGUUUCGUUGCUGUCGGCCGCGAGGCGGAGGAUCAGCAGCUCGAAGUGGGAGGGCCAUUUGGCGCUGCUUACGAUAUUAAGUCAACGAACUAAAGCUGUGCAAGUUAUGUUGAACGGCUAA